UUUGACGUGUGGGUCUCUGAGUGAUUUCCAUCCUCCUGAAUGUGUUUUAAUGUUUACGUCUUCCUUUGUGUUUUCAUUUUUGUGUCUCUCUGUGUUUGUGUGUUGUUUUCUGCUUUGCCCGGUCUGAUGGCUCCUGUGUCUGACCACCACUGUCCCGUGUCUGCGCAGCAUAAGCUGAAGUCUUCACAGAGGGACAAGGUACGGCAGUUCAUGUCCUUCACGCAGGCCGGGGAGAAGACAGCUGUGUACUGCCUCACGCAGAACGACUGGAAGCUGGAAGUUGCCACAGACAACUACUUCCAGAACCCAGAGCUUUACUGUAAGGAAUCCAUGAAAACCUCAGUGGACCGGAAGAAGCUGGAACAGCUCUACAACCGCUACAAAGAUCCCCAGGAUGAAAAUAAGAUUGGCAUUGAUGGGAUCCAGCAGUUCUGUGACGAUCUCUCACUGGAUCCGGCCAGCAUCACGGUGCUGGUCGUGGCGUGGAAGUUUCACGCCGCCACUCAGUGCGAGUUCACCAAAAAGGAGUUUAUGGAUGGAAUGACAGAGCUGGGGUGCGACAGCCCCGAAAAACUGAAAGCCCUUUUGCCAAGAUUAGAGCAGGAGUUAAAAGAUAGUGGGAAGUUCAAAGACUUCUACCAGUUCACUUUUAACUUUGCCAAAAAUCCUGGACAGAAAGGUCUCGAUUUGGAGAUGGCUGUAGCCUACUGGAACCUGGUCUUGUCUGGACGAUUUAAGUUCCUUGAUCUUUGGAAUAGAUUUCUUUUGGAACAUCAUAAACGAUCCAUCCCAAAGGACACGUGGAACUUAUUGUUGGACUUUGGUAACAUGAUUGCAGAUGACAUGUCUAACUAUGAUGAAGAAGGUGCAUGGCCGGUCCUUAUAGAUGAUUUUGUGGAAUUUGCUCGACCAAUUGUUACAGGAUCCAAACGUAAAACUCUCUAAAUCCAAUCCGGAAUCUGGAAAGCCAGAACAUUGUUUCUUUUACAGUGACAUCAUAGUUUUUUUAAGACUUGUACAAAUGAAAAGUGGAACAUCUGUAGACUUCAGAGAGAAAACAGAAGCACUUCAAACCGUCUUUCAGGGAGCUGAGUUGAAAACAACUGGCCACAUUUUCUGUCUCCUCGUACGGACAUCGCCAGUUUCUCAGCGUCCUGGAGGGCCCCCCGCUCUGCUCCAGGAGGAGCACUACAGCCUCACCUCUGGGCCAAUGAGGACACAGCACCGAGACGAGGUUCACCUGCUGUGUGUUGUUUAAAUGGACAGGACAGAAGAGAGCUGUGUGUUUUAAGAUUCUUCCAAGUCAUCUUUGUUUUGGUAUAUGAAGCUCUGCGUGACUGUGCAAACAUCCCAUGUCUUAACUCCAGCUUUGGGACAGAGUGCUCGCUACACCAGCACCAACAGAACUGUUGCAGUUUUUAACUGUACAUACUGUAUCUAAUGGGACAGAUAACAAAGAGAGCUAUAAGAAGAAUAAUAUAAUUAUGUUCAGUUUAUAAAUGCAAAAGAUUGUUUUAUGUACAGCAAAUGCUCAGAUCUCUAAACGGGGAUGCCUCAAUAUUGUGGAUAAAUAAUGCUGUUGGAUUAAUUGUUUGGUGGAUGUCCAGUCAUGGAAUUGUGAGCUCAUUGAAAGCAUGUUUCAAAAUCAUUUUACGUCACAUCGCCUGGUUUCAGAAAUAAAGUUUCAGUAAAGUAAAGACAGUGCUUUAAUUUAGAUAACUAAUACUGGGUCAUUAGCCUGAAUAAUUUGAGUUCUGUAUGGUGAUACAUAGGCACGGGUCGGUUAGCUGUAUUGCGGCAUUCCAACAUUUUCAAGCGUUUAGGUUUCUAAACCACUAAAACUUUUACACCAUGAGGUUUAUAUUGUUUAAAAUCAGUUUAAACACCAGGAAAGUGACUGACGUUUUUUCCAGCUGUGUCUAAGACAGAGUAAUGGGCCCCUCUCCCACCUGUUGCUGAGCACCGCUGAUCAGCUGUCUAACAAAAGGCUAAUACAUAUUUCUAAUGCUUACAGAAAAAGAUCAAUUUCACUGUUUUGAAGUAUUUCCGACAGUUACAAAUUACAUAGAGUGCACACAAUGCAGCUCAGCCCCUCCCCCACCUGUUUCUGAGCACUGCUUGUCAGCUGGCUGAAAAAGGUAACUAGAUUUUUCUCAUGCUUUCAAAAAAAAGACCAAAACAAGUGUUUGGAAAUAUUUCCAGUUAAAAGCCUAUAAGGUAUAAAGUAAUGCAGCUCUGCCCCUUCCCCAGCCGUUGCUGCACGUUGCUGGUCAGCUGGCUGAAAAAAGGCUGCUACUCUUUUCUCAUGCUUACAAGAAAAGAUUGAUUUAACUGUUUUGAAAUAUUUCUGAUAGCAAGAAACAUAGAAAGCAUAGAGUUAUCCAGCUCUUCCCAUCCCCCAACUGUUGCUGCCCACUGCCAGCCAGCUGGCUGCAUAAAACACAACUAUGUGUUUGUCAUACUUAAUAAAAAAUACCAAUCCGACUGUUAGGAAAAAUGUUUGAUUGGGAAAACGUGGGCAAACUGAAGGAGCUCCAGUCAUCACCUUUAUGAGGGAAAAGAUGUUUUAAGACGACAACUGGCAAACAUCAAGGUGGUUGGCAAGUUUUAAAUAAAAGCAAGACAAUGUUAUAUUUUUUGUUAUAAAUUUGUGCUUUUACCGUAAAACCAUGGCAUUUUCACUCAAUAAGAUACAGUGAGAAUCUCAUACCGGCCCAUGCCUAGUUGUAAAUAUGAUGUAGUCGAAUCUUUACACUGUUUCUUAAAAAAAAAAACAGAAAUCUGUCUAGAAAAAAAGUAUUUUUAAAUAAUUGUUAAUCAGAUAACCCCCUCAGAUGACUUUAUCUCACAUUAAAAACCUCAUUUAUAAACUUUACAGUUAAGAAAUGACUAACCUUUAGGAUUGCGGAGCACGUAUCUAUGUUUUGAGAAGCCGUUUUUUCAGAAGUUACGAAGGCGACGACAGGACAACAGAGUAAGCCUUAAGAGUAAAUGUCUGAUAUUUCUGUGUUACUGGAGGAAUUGAACAUCAGACUGUCUUGAUGCAUCGUUUUACUAGCAUAAGUAUAUCGCUCAUCUGAGAGACAAGUAUAAAGCAUGAGUUUUUCCAUAAUCCUAGAUGUAUUUAGCUUAUUUGUUUGAUGAGACCGAUAACAGAAAUGUCCCAGAAUACAGCUGUGCAGCAAAGUAUAAAGCAGAAUAAUGGUGAUGCCGUUAUGAAAAGUAUUUAAUUUUCUUUUUCUUCAUUUGCCAUUAGCCAGAUGAGCUUGUUCAUUAAUUAAACUUACUUUUGCAGGACACGUUGAACCACUGAUCUGCGGUAGAAGACGACCAUGUGUCUUAAACUAGAGCUCAUUUGUUCUUGAUGUUUUGAUGAAGUGCUGCUUGUUCUCGUUGUGUCUUUUUCUUAUAAGAGCUGGGUGAUGUUUUAUUCUUAAAUAAAAUGUAUAUUGGGCACUAUA